AUGGCAGCACCGCGAUCGUGCGGCCGUCAGCCGAUACGCGCAGCGCGUAAAUCCGAGUGGCUCCGCGGCGCGCUGGCGCAUCACUACAGUCCGGAUCUAGAGGUGGAAAACGAGAUCGUAGUUCUAGCCACCGGGAUCGAUCAGUACCUGCAGGAGGUUUUCCAUCACCUGUCCUACUGCAGCAGAGGAGAUCUGGUGUCCGACCAGGAUUUCCGGCUGCUCUGCUCAGUGAUGGGUAUUAACCCUGACCAGGAUGGGGGCAGUUGCGCCGAUCUACCUCCUGCUCUAAACUUUAGGGAGUUCCACGCGCGGCUGUGCGGAUCCUUCAGCCUGAAAGCGGGUCCGACGCGCCUCGCGCUUACCGAAGAAACCGAGCACGUGGAGCGCGAGAUCAAACUGCGCUGUCCUCGGGUGCGCCGCAGAAAGUGCGUCAGUUUCGAUUUGUCCCGUCAAAGUACCGGCAAGAGGACAACCCAGUCAGAAAGUGCACCGGAAUCCACAGAACCAGGACCGGACAGUCAGCAGAGAACCUGGCAGGAGCAUGUUGAGGUGGAGAAUAGCAGUCUGAGAGAACUUGUGGAAGACCUGCGUUCGGCCCUUCAGAGCAGCGAUGCCCGUUGCAUAUCUUUGGAGGUGGCUCUACGAAAGGAGCGGCUGGCAGCACCAACCGAAAAAACACCACAGAUUGUUCAAAGACAAGGCUACAGUACGCAAAGUAAACCCAGUACUAGACAAACUAAACAAACCAGGCGCACCAAGGACCUUUUUCGAGAGCUGGAUCUGAUUCGCGCUUCACGCAAUGGUCAGUUAGAGGAGGCGAUGAAGUAUAACCAGAGGCUGGAGGAGGAACUGAUAAGGGCACAUGAAGAGGUCAGCAGGCUGGAGGCAAUGGUAGGAAAACUGAGGAGAGAGAGUGCUGACAUCAGGAGAAGAGCAGAAGAGGCGAGGGGUGCUCUUGCUGCAGGCUUGGAGAGAGUUAGAGACAUCCAGGAUCAGGCACUGCAGGUUAUGCCACUGCAGGAGAGAGCCCAGAGUCUUGAGGCGGAGCUGAAGAGAUUCAGAUCCCAGUGCAGCUGCAAACAUCUGAGUGAACACAGACCUGAACCUCUGGUCAGAUCUACACAUCGAGUGCUACCCACAGGUCAAGAUAAGACCCUCAUCAGAGGGGCAGAGGAAGCCCUGCAAAGGGCAGUUGAGGGUCGAGCAGCAUCAGAUGAAGAGGAGGAGAGGACAGACGAGGAAGAUCAGUGCUGCCUGUUGGAGGUGAAGCGACUGACCAACAGACUUCACAACUGUCCAAAAGGAUGUCAGAAAAUGGCGGUGUGUCAGCUGCUCAUGUUGCAGAACUUUACAGGCCACUACAGUGGUCACAGCAGACACUCUGGAGCCCCAGAAUUAAAAACGAGAGGAAGACGACACCAAACACUGUUGAGCGGAAAGGAAACGGAAAAAAAUGUAAAGAUAAAGCAGGAGGAGGUGAACAGUAUGAGCUCAGAUGUUCAGAUGGUGGAUACAGGCCGAACACGUCUAUCAUUACUGGAGGAGAAACUCAUGGACGCUCUCUCCCUACUGCUGCAGCUUCGAGAUAAAAGGAUGUCCCGGAGAACCUUGGGUAAAAUCCUGUUGGAUACGCUAGAUCAGUGCAACAGAAAAGGUCAAGAAUCCACUCCUGUUUGUCAAGUAGUGGACACUCUUUGUCAGCAGCUGGUCUCCAGUGACCUCCAAUGUGAAGAGGAAAAGGUUAUAUCGGGGUUGCACCCUAGUGUGACCUCACAUCACCAAAAAGCUAAUAAAACUCUACUUAUUUCCUGCUAAUCAUUUAUUUAUUUUGUUUGCUUUUUGCACAUACAAAUUGGUAUUGGUAAUUGCCUUAUUGUGAUUCUCUGGCUGCUUGUCCCACCUCCACACUGGCCGAGAUGAGCUGAGAAUAUCAUGCUUCCUCCAACACGCAUGCAUUUAUUCAUGAGCACAUAUUUUUUACCUGCAAGUGGUGG